CGUGCUUCUCUUACCUUUCCACUCUCCUCUCGAUCCUUCUUCACCUUUCUCUCGCACCCGUAUAUAUACCUCAACCCACCACCAUGCAUCGUCAAAUCCAUCAAAAUAAUAAAGCAGCACAAGAAAGAAAGCUCCCAAAUACAAGCACAGGAAGACCAUUAAUUCCUAUACGCUAUUCACGUCAAAGUUAUCUGCAUUGAUUUCUGACCUGUUUUCUUCAGUCGGUACCAAUCUUUCCAACACACAUUCUUGCUGAAUUCUUCACAAUGGUAUCCAAGACUGAAGGCAAGGCCAUUGGCAUUGAUCUCGGCACCACUUACAGUUGUGUUGGCGUGUGGCAAAAUGAUCGCGUAGAGAUAAUAGCCAAUGACCAAGGCAACAGAACUACUCCCUCCUACGUAGCUUUCACUGAUACCGAGCGGUUGAUUGGCAAUGCAGCCAAGAACCAGGUCGCAAUGAACCCUCAGAAUACGGUCUUCGACGCCAAGCGGCUCAUUGGUAGGCGAUUCUCCGACCCGACGGUCCAGAGCGACAUGAGACACUGGCCUUUCAAGGUCGUCGCAGGACCCGGAGAAAAGCCGACGAUAGUGGUGCAGUACAAAGGCGAAGAGAAGCAAUUCGCACCCGAAGAGAUUUCUUCGAUGGUGUUGGUCAAGAUGAAGGAGAUUGCCGAGGCUUACCUGGGUCAUAUUGUGAAGAACGCGGUGAUCACGGUGCCGGCUUACUUCAACGAUUCGCAGAGGCAGGCCACCAAGGACGCUGGCGCUAUCGCUGGACUCAAUGUGUUGAGGAUUAUCAAUGAGCCAACUGCAGCUGCCAUUGCUUAUGGACUUGACAAGAAGGGGUCGAGGUCCGGAGAGAAGAACGUGCUUAUUUUCGAUCUCGGGGGUGGAACUUUCGAUGUUUCACUAUUGUCAAUCGAGGAAGGGAUAUUUGAAGUUAAGGCCACUGCUGGUGAUACCCAUCUUGGUGGUGAGGAUUUUGAUAACAGACUUGUGAAUCACUUUGUGGCAGAGUUCAAGAGGAAGCACACGAAAGACAUUAGUGGAAGUGCAAGAGCUUUGAGGCGGUUGAGGACUGCGUGUGAAAGGGCGAAGAGGACUCUUUCUUCGACCUCUCAGACAACUAUUGAGAUCGAUUCCCUCUUUGAAGGUAUUGAUUUCUAUGCUACUAUUACGAGGGCGAGAUUUGAGGAAUUGAACAUGGAUUUGUUCAGAAAGUGCAUGGAACCGGUGGAGAAGUGUCUCCGAGACGCGAAGAUUGACAAGAGUCUGGUUCAUGAGGUUGUUCUCGUUGGCGGGUCGACGAGGAUUCCGAAAGUCCAGCAACUUCUGCAGGAUUUCUUUAACGGCAAGGAACUCUGCAAAAGCAUAAACCCCGAUGAGGCCGUCGCUUAUGGGGCUGCCGUUCAAGCCGCAAUUCUGAGCGGUGAGGGUAAUGAGAAGGUCCAAGACUUGCUCUUGCUCGAUGUCACCCCUCUCAGCCUUGGUAUUGAGACCGCCGGAGGUGUAAUGACAGUCUUGAUUCCAAGAAACACAACGAUUCCUACUAAAAAGGAGCAAAUUUUCUCGACCUAUUCAGAUAAUCAGCCAGGAGUGCUAAUUCAGGUAUACGAAGGUGAGAGGGCUAAAACCAAGGACAACAACCUUCUCGGAAAAUUCGAGCUUACGGGCAUUCCGCCGGCUCCAAGAGGCGUUCCUCAGAUCAACGUGUGCUUCGACAUUGACGCGAAUGGUAUAUUAAAUGUUUCUGCUGAGGACAAGACUGCAGGAGUAAAGAACAAGAUUACCAUUACCAACGACAAAGGAAGGCUGAGCAAGGAAGAGAUUGAGAGGUUGGUGCAAGAGGCAGAGAAGUACAAGGCGGAGGAUGAGGAGGUGAAGAAGAAGGUGGAGGCAAAGAAUUCACUGGAAAAUUACGCGUACAACAUGAAGAAUACGGUGAGGGACGAGAAAUUGGCUGGGAAAUUAGAUCCAGCCGACAAGCAGAAGAUGGAGAAGGCCAUUAACGAGACGACCGAUUGGCUGGACAGGAACCAAUUGGCUGAAGUCGAGGAGUUUGAGGAGAAGUUGAAAGAGUUGGAGGCCUUAUGCAACCCCAUCAUUGCGAAGAUUUAUCAGGCCGCUGGUGGGGGUGAGAUGCCCAGAGGUGGACAUGACAAGGCUUCACCUGCUGGUUCCGGAGUCGGGCCUACAAUCGAAGAGGUUGACUGAGGCUUCAAAUUCAAAAGCUUGUUUCUGGCAUCUGCCGUCAUGCUACACUCUGUUUUGGCUUAUGCCAGACUGCUUUUCUCAAUAAAUCGGUGUUUGGUGAGGUUCGAGGAAAAUACAAUUAUGGAAACAAAAAAAGAAAGGAAAAAGAGAACACUUGCAUAUUUAUUAUGUAAUGUAAAGUUUUUUAUUUUUUAUUUUUUCGAGUAAAUAUUGAAAUACUGCAGUUUUUCUAUCUUCA